CAGUCAGUAAGUCACCUAGUCGAGCAACCGCAGUCAGUCGUCAGGAAACAGUGCGAGCGUUCGGUCCGAAAUUGGUCUCUCGGUCGUUCCAAGAUAAUUGUGUUCGGCUGUUCAGCUGUUAACUAAAUCCAAUCCAAAUUUCUUUAGCGGCUCGCUCAUUGAAACCCCACCUAUGGGAACCGAGUAACGCAGUCAGACAAGUGAAACUACGUUAUUGUGAAACGUGUGGUGGUCGCUCGGUUGCAUAAAAUAUUACCGAAUCCAGCGGCUCUUGGGCUGUGUUCCGUAAUUGUAGCCGUCGUUGAGACUUCGGCCCGCAAGUGAAAGUAGCACGUGGAAGAGAUUCGGAGAAGUAGCAUUGAAGCAAGUUUCAAGAGGAACGGCAUAGCGCAUAGUUUUGUGUGUUUUUGGUGUUUCUCUUUUUCUCCCGAAGAGUUGAGUUACCUGAACGCGAAGAUAUUAUUCAACGUUGGUUGCUUUGUGAAUUAUUGGUCAUUUGUCUACAGACUUUGACCAGAGCCAGCAAGAAGCAUACCGGGAGAGACCCGCAACAUUACUGCGAAACUUAAUCGGUUAUUAGUAGGCGAGUUUAUAAUCGAGUUUAAUAGACAAAAAUGUCUGCCAAGGCGAUACGUGAGGCAACCGGAAAGGAUAUUAUCAAUCGGCACCUGACGGGGGGAGAUCACGGUGCAGCUAAGUGUCGAUUUGCCGCUGUAGAUGAAACCACACAAUGGGCGCAGCUGGUUGCCGACAAUCCGUGGCUGGAAAGCACCCCCCUCGUCGUUAAGCCGGAUCAGUUGAUUAAACGGCGCGGUAAGCUAGGGUUGAUUGCCGUUAAUAAGAACUUCACCCAGGUUAAACAAUGGGUCAACGAACGCAUGGGCAAGGAUCAGAAAGUAGGCAGCGCUACCGGGAAGCUACGAAACUUCAUCAUCGAGCCAUUUGUUCCACACAAAGAUAAUGAAGAAGCGUACGUGUGUAUCUACUCGCACAGAACCGCUGACACAAUUCUUUUCUACCACCAAGGUGGUGUGGAUAUCGGUGAUGUAGACGCUAAAGCUUUGAAACUCGAUGUACCUGUAGGACAAGAUGUUUCCCUAGCGGACAUUGAAAAGACACUGUUGACUGAAGUGGCUGCUGCUAAGAAGAAGAGAAUCGCGAGCUUCGUCUUUAAUUUGUACAAACUUUAUGUAGAUCUGUACUUUACGUAUUUGGAAAUCAACCCAUUGGUGGUUACUGAUUCUUCCAUCUACAUCCUCGAUCUUGCAGCAAAGGUUGACGCCACGGCUGAUUUCAUUUGCCGUCCAAAGUGGGGCGAAAUCGACUACCCACCUCCGUUCGGGCGUGACGCGUACCCCGAAGAAGCCUACAUUGCCGACCUAGAUGCAAAGAGCGGUGCGUCACUGAAGCUGACCAUUCUGAACCGAAACGGUCGCAUAUGGACUAUGGUUGCCGGUGGUGGCGCUAGUGUUAUUUAUUCUGAUACCAUCUGUGAUCUAGGCGGCGCUAGCGAACUAGCCAAUUACGGCGAGUACAGCGGUGCUCCUUCCGAGCAGCAGACGUACGAGUAUGCUAAAACCAUCUUAAGUCUAAUGACAAGCAGCCCGAAGCAUCCUCAGGGCAAGAUUCUGAUCACCGGCGGAGGUAUUGCUAACUUUACCAACGUAGCCGCUACGUUCAGCGGUAUUAUCACUGCGUUGCGCGAGUUCCAGCAGAGACUGAUUGAGCACAACGUGUCCAUUUUUGUUCGACGUGCGGGUCCUAAUUAUCAGGAAGGUCUGCGAAAGAUGCGUGAAAUUGGCAGCUCGCUGGGUAUACCUUUGUAUGUGUUCGGCCCUGAGACUCACAUGACUGCGAUCUGUGGAAUGGCACUCGGCAAAAAGAGUAUUCCGAAGAGCAGCAAUGUACACUUCGCAACUGCCAAUUUCCUGCUCCCGGGAGGUCAGCAAGCAGCAGAUGCUGCGAAGAAAAGUUCUGGUUCAAGUUCCAGUGAUGUCGUUAAUGCGUUCGCAACAGUCACGUCGCCAUCACCACUAGUAAUGCUUCCGGACGUCGCAACUUCGUCUACCUCAACAGCAAACAACAGUUAUGUAGAGAGUAGUAGCAAUAAUUGUUCUAAUAGCGGAACCUCGGUCAAGUAUACCCAGUCUAAGAUUGGUUCCGGCGAGUACCAGCGCAUGUUCACCAAUCGCACCAAGGCGCUGGUCUGGGGUAUGCAGACUCGCGCAGUACAAUCGAUGUUGGAUUUUGACUUUAUCUGUCGCCGAGAUGAACCGUCCGUUGUGGCAAUGGUGUACCCUUUCACCGGUUACCACAAGCAAAAGUUCUACUGGGGCCAUAAGGAGGUGUUGAUUCCGGUUUACUCGAAAAUGUCCGAAGCGAUCAACAAACACAAAGAGGCUGACGUACUGGUAAACUUUGCUUCGCUCCGAUCGGCCUACGAUAGUUCGCUAGAGGUGCUGGAUUAUCCGCAAAUUCGUACCAUUGCCAUCAUCGCCGAAGGUAUCCCAGAGAAUUUGACCCGUAAGCUGAAUAUGGCGGCACGCGCAAAGAAUGUCUCCAUCAUUGGACCGGCUACAGUCGGUGGUGUCAAGCCCGGAUGUUUCAAAAUUGGUAACACUGGAGGCAUGUUGGAUAAUAUUCUGCACUCGAAAUUGUACCGCCCGGGCAGCGUAGCCUACGUCUCACGUUCCGGUGGUAUGUCUAACGAAUUGAAUAACAUUAUUUCGCUGACAACGGAUGGAGUGUUCGAAGGUGUCGCCAUCGGUGGUGAUCGAUACCCGGGAACUACCUUCAUGGAUCACAUUCUGCGAUACCAGGCCGAUCCAGAUGUAAAAAUGAUUGCACUUCUUGGUGAAGUAGGUGGUGUUGAAGAAUAUGAGGUCUGUGCUGCGCUGCAAGAUGGGAGGAUUACUAAACCUCUAAUUGCUUGGUGUAUCGGAACAUGCGCUGGUAUGUUUACUUCAGAAGUACAGUUUGGUCACGCAGGAUCCUGCGCCAACUCGGAUCGCGAAACUGCUUCAGCCAAAAACAAGGCUUUAGCUGCGGCAGGUGCGCAUGUACCAGAUUCAUUCGAUACACUGGGAGAUUUGGUAGGAUCGGUGUACGCCAAUUUGGUUAAGAGUGGAGUUAUUGUUCCGGCAGUAGAAGUUCCUCCGCCAACAGUUCCAAUGGAUUACUCGUGGGCCCGCGAGCUUGGAUUAAUCCGCAAACCGGCUUCCUUCAUGACUUCAAUCUGUGACGAACGUGGUCAAGAGUUGCUGUAUGCAGGUAUGCCCAUCAGUGACGUGCUGCAGAAGAACGUUGGCAUUGGUGGUGUUGUUUCUCUGUUGUGGUUCCAACGAUGUUUGCCUCCCUACGUGUGCAAGUUCUUCGAGAUGUGUCUGAUGGUAACCGCCGAUCACGGUCCAGCGGUUUCAGGCGCUCAUAACACGAUUGUGUGUGCUCGUGCUGGUAAAGAUUUGGUGUCAUCGGUGGUUAGCGGUUUGUUGACGAUUGGUGAUCGUUUUGGAGGUGCAUUGGAUGGCGCUGCUAAGCAAUUUUCGGAAGCCUACGACUCCAACCUGCAUCCGAUGGACUUUGUCAACUCGAUGCGCAAAAAGGGUCAACUAAUUAUGGGUAUCGGCCAUCGCGUGAAAUCGAUCAACAACCCAGACAUCCGAGUGAAAAUUAUCAAAGAGUUUGUGAUGGAGAACUUCCCGGCUAAACCUCUGCUCGAAUACGCCCUGGAGGUGGAGAAAAUCACCACCAGCAAAAAGCCAAACUUGAUUCUGAACGUUGAUGGUGUAAUUGCUACCUCGUUUGUCGAUAUGCUACGAAACUGUGGUUCUUUCACCAGUGAGGAAGCGCAGGAGUACAUAAAUAUCGGAGCUAUUAACUCACUAUUUGUGCUGGGUCGCAGCAUUGGAUUUAUCGGUCAUUACAUGGACCAGAAACGCCUGAAACAGGGACUGUACCGUCAUCCUUGGGAUGAUAUCUCUUACGUACUGCCAGAGCAGUAUAACUAAGCAACAAAGAAGGUAAAUUUAACACCAAACACACAAGGUGUUGAAAACUGAACCUGAUAUAGCACAACAAUACGAGAGAUAUCUGUAUUUUCAUUUUGUUACGUACAACUAAUUUCGCUGUUGUUUAUUGACACCUUUUAUGGAAUUCGACAACAAAAAAUCACAGCUUUUUGGACUUAUUUGUGAAGCAGAAUCUCGUUCAUACGAUAAGUUUUUAAACGAUGGACAUUUGCUGCGUAGACAUCUGAUUCAUUCCAUUUAAUUAACUUUGAUUGUGAGCCCAAUUACAAAAUUCGGUUUCUUUACUGUCAUUCAUCCAACAAUAGGCCUUAAAUUAUGAGCGCAUUUAUUCUCAUUCGAAAGAAAAAUAUAAAAAAAUAUCAGAAGCUACACAAAAAUCAAAUCAUCCAUCACAGCUAUUUUUUAUAGUUCAUCAAAAUUAUGGCGACAAUGUGUAAACAUGAAAUCGCCAUACAAAAUAAGCCAGUGUGAGAGAGAUGACAUUAUUUGGAAACCAUGGAUAAUGUAAAAAAAACUAAACUAUUUAAAUUCAAAUGAAACUUAAGUUAUUCCCUAUCUGUAAGAUCAUAUGUAAGCUUCAAAAUUACCCCAAGAAAGUAGAAAGAGCAACAAUUGUUGGAAAUUCUAAGGAUAAAAAUUACACAACUGUUUCAGAGAUGGGAUCAUGCAUAAACUGCUAGACAAGCAAGGUCGAAAAACCGGCGUCAAAUCUAUUUUCUCGCUCUUUAAUUGUGGUUCUCUAGUAAUUUCCGUUCGAUAAUUAGUUAAUUGUUCAUUUGUCUGCUUAGAAGAUUUAUCCACCUUAUUUUUUUUUUUUUUUUCAUUAGACGAAAUAGAUUUUACUAAAGAUCACUACUUUAAAUUCAACAGAUUAUGACACCUAUUUGUUUUGUAAGUGGAUCAUUAGUUUUACAGUUUUAUUGUAAUAAACCGAUGAACAAUUCA